GGUGAGUUGUAGAUAUUCUACUGCUAUAUAUAAAUUAUAUUUAAAACCAUUCAAAGAUUUCAGGUCAGUCAAUAAGAUUCAGUUGAUCUUACAGUCCUUGAACUUUAUAUAUAUUAGCCUUAUGAGAUAUCUUGAACAACUACACAGGGUAUGGGUAUGUGGAAGUGUGAAUAUUUGUUGUCUUAAAUGAGCAGACACAUGUUUGGGCCUUUCAUCUCUAAAGGUGUUCUCCCCAACGGCUAUAACCCACCUGAGGGCUUCUGCUGGGACCAGUCAUGUGAUGAUGCUCCCAUAAGAGAUGACCCAGACCUUGAGGACUACAAUGUGGAUGAGAUAGUACAGAAGUUUUUGAAUGCUUCCUAUAGGCAGGCUGCCUUUUAUAAGACAAACCACAUCAUUAUGACCAUGGGUUCAGACUUCCAGUAUGAGAAUGCCAAUCUCUGGUACAAGAACAUGGACAAGCUGAUCAAGUAUGUAAAUGCCCUGCAAGCUAAAGGAAGCAAGGUGAAUGUGCUUUACUCGACACCGUCCUGCUACCUACAGGAACUCAACCUAGCCAACCUCACCUGGCCUCUGAAGACAGAUGAUUUUUUCCCUUAUGCUGAUGCUGCUCAUGAUUUCUGGACGGGUUAUUUUACUAGUCGACCAGCACUGAAGUUAUACGAGAGACUGAGCAACAGCCGGCUACAG